AGGUUCGUUUUUUAUUCUUGACUCUUUUUGGUGUUAAAUCUUUCCUAGAUUGUGGAUAAUCAAUAGGGAACUUUAGGUGUACAAAUUGGUUUGCGCAUUACAACAGUUGGGAGCUGAAAAGCUGGAUCUUAACGACAUCGUUGAUAACUCCACUUUCAUAAAAAUUCGAACUGCUCUGGAAAACAAUUUCCCGAGAGAUUUGAGUAAGCUUUGGAAAAUUAUCUCGACUCUUCCACCUGCAAACGCAGCUACUCUUGAAUAUGUUGUCGACUAUCUGCGGGAACUGAUCACACAAAUGCCAGAAGCAGCAGACCAACUUGUAGCCUGGGCCGAUGUAAUUUUCCACGGAGGCGCACUUCUAACUACUGUACCUCAUCUAGAACCACGUGUGGUUGCCUUACGGAGCUUAUGCGCUUACAGGAGGGAUGUCGCCAUCUUUUGUGAUAGUUGA